UUUUCACUUCAAAAUAUUGCCAACAGAUUUCAAUCCAUUGCUCCUACCGUUUAUUCGCUCCUGAAUGGCCUUACCAGAGCGAAUAAAUCAAGUUCCAGGGAUGCUACAACAGUAGUUCCUGUCAUUGCAAGUAUCUUGGGCUUCUUAUACAGCAACAGAUGCAAUUAUCUUCAAAUGAUGACUGGAUUAUAUAUGUUUGGUAAAGGUGCGCCUGUCAAGCUUGUCAAUCUUUUCUCAAAGGCAGGACUUUCAGUUUCUCAUCCCACAAUCAUGAGGGGUCUAAAGGCAUUAAGUACGGACUCACGCGAUCGUAUCCAGGCUACAGUAAGAGAAGUGCCUUGGUAUAUCGUAUACGAUAAUAUAAAUAUGGCG